AUGCAAGGCAGAGAAAUAAAAGGAGACUAUAUUAUUAUUACUGAUGAUUUAGUAGGAAGGGGGUCAUAUGGAUAAGUUUUCAAAUGUUAUAAAAAAAAUAAUUAGAAUGAAUUAUAUUGUAUGAAGAUUCUAAAGAAAACUAGCAAUGCUAGAGACUCAGCAACAAAAAAUAUAGUAGAUGCUGAAUUAAAAAUACUUUCUAUGUUAAAGAAUACUCCAUCUGAAAAUUUGGUUAAAUUAGUUGAUUAUGUAAAAAAUGACGAAGAAUUAUGCUUGGUCAUGGAAUUAUGCGAUUGUGAUCUCAGCUAACUAUUCUUAAAUUUUAAAAAGUCGAACUAAUGGUUUAAAAGAGAAGAGCAAUUUCAAAUGAUUAGAUAAAUCCUUAAAGGAGCUUAAUUAUUGAAGGAAAACAAUAUUGUCCACAGAGAUAUUAAGCCUUAAAACAUACUUGUAAAGAUUUACAAUCUCAACCAAGAAGAGCAGAUGAAAAUUUUGAAAAUUGCUGAUUUUGGGUUCUCCAAAACAUUGAUCAAUAUUUACUAGUAAUAAGACAUGACUAGAGCUGGCACUACCUGUUUCAUGGCACCUGAAAUUUAUAAUAAAGAAUAAUCUAGUGCGAAGUGUGAUAUUUAUUCUCUUGCAAUUCUAUUUCAUCAAAUUGUGUUUGAAAUGAGAUUCCCUGGGAAUUAUCAAGGUAGGGAUUAAGUACCAUAAUUUUAUGAGUAAAUUAAAUAGACGCCAUAUAAAUGUUAAUAACUACCAGAUCAAGACGGGUAAUUGUUAGCAGCUUUAAUAGAGAAAAUGAUGCUCUUUGAUUAGAAUAAGCGAAUUUCAUUUGAAGAUUUACUGGAAUAUGAUAUAAUAUUAUUAAAGGAUCCACUAUUUAGAACUAUGUCAUAAAUAAAAAAAUUGAGAAUAAAUGAUGAAGAUUAGAAUCAAUCUAUUUUUCAAGGAAUCUAUACAAUUUUAGAUAAUUUAUAUAGAAAAAGUUUACUAUGCAAAAACAUAGCCGAUUAGGUCAAAAAUGCUAAUUCCAAAAACAAUGCUCAUCUGAUGAAGAUGUAAUUCACUAUUACCUAGAUUGGCUAUGAGGAAAUUAAAAUUGGAUUUGCGAUGAUACAUAGGAUUAGUUCAGAUCUAAUACCAAAACUUCUUCAACUUUGCGAUGUCCAGCAUUUUAUAAGUUUGUUGAAUUUGUAUAUAGAGUAAUCAAGUUCUAAAGAAGAAGAACUUCAUUAGAAAAUAAAAAGGGAAUUCUAUAGUUAACACAAAAAACUUAUCGAAGAUAGUAAUGUGAUAAAAUAAAACAUGUUCUAGCUUUAAGAAUCAUAAAUCAUUCCAUAGGGCAUAGAUGAUGAUUUGUUCUCUCUAGAUAGUCUAUCUAAAAAAUACGAAUUAAAAAGUCUCUGCAUUUAUUUAUAGAACUUGAUUGAUAUUUACGAGCAGGACUAGCCUUUAAAUGAAAAAGACAAUGAACUUCUCAAAAAAAUCAAGGUGAUUACAACAAUAGAAAGUAGAUUCGAUUUUUUUGAGUAUAAACUUUAUAAAUCGGACUAAAUACUCAAAUUGUGAUUUAUUUUUAUAUGUAUUAUU